AGAAAGUGAGGUAGCAGUGAGAGCUCCUCCAAGUAGUACUAUAUCCCAACCCCCAGACGUCUGCAAUUAGAAUCUCAUCCCCUAAUAUUUCCAAAAAUAAAUCCAGCAUUUAGAUCGCUUUAAACUUCUCGCAAUGAACUAUUGAAAAUUACAACAAUAUUGUACUGCCAUUACUGUGAUUUCUACUUAUCUCAAAUCCUCAUUUUGCCCACGCGAUGCAGUUUCAAAUUAAGCUCUUAAACCACUAAUACAGCAGCUUUAAUUUGGUCUAAGUAUAGUUUGGAUGCGAGUUAAUUUAGAAUAUGAUUGAGCAGUUCAUCAAUUUUGUUAUUCGUCCCCCGAGGGCAGAUUACAAUCCAGAACAGUUUUUAUGGGAGAAAGAGUUUAGUGUUGGGGGAAGAAAGUACAAAAGAGAAGACUUUGAGCUUAAGAAUGAAAGAGGGCAUACCUUGCAAUGCAGUCAUUAUACUCCAUCAUCGUUUCCUGAUGGUGCUCCUCUUCCUUGUGUUAUAUACUGCCAUGGAAACAGCGGCUGUAGGGCUGAUGCGAAUGAGGCAGCUGUAAUACUUCUUUCCUCAAACAUCACUGUGUUAACCCUUGACUUUUCUGGUUCGGGCUUGUCAGAUGGUGAUUACGUUAGUCUUGGUUGGCAUGAGAAAGAUGACCUCAAGGUAGUUGUGUCACAUCUGAGAAGCAACCUGAAAGUAUCACGCAUAGGUCUAUGGGGGCGGUCAAUGGGUGCAGUUACAAGCCUUCUAUAUGGAGCAGAAGAUCCUUCUAUUGCUGGAAUGGUCUUGGAUAGUGCUUUCUCUAACUUAUUUGAUCUAAUGAUGGAGCUUGUAGAUGUCUACAAAAUCAGGCUUCCUAAAUUCACUGUAAAGGUUGCUGUGCAGUAUAUGCGGCGCGUCAUUCAGAAGAAGGCCAAGUUUGAUAUCAUGAGCCUUAAUUGCUUACAGGUGGCUCCUAAAACUUAUAUUCCUGCUCUCUUUGGACAUGCUAAGGAUGAUAAGUUCAUUCAACCCCACCACUCUGAUCUCAUUUAUAAGUCAUAUGCGGGUGAUAAAAAUAUUAUCAAGUUUGAUGGUGACCACAAUUCCUCCCGGCCACAAUUUUAUUAUGAUUCUGUGUCCAUAUUCUUCUACAAUGUCCUACACCCUCCCCGGAUUUCACCAACUUCAACUAAAAUAGAGAAAUAUUACGAUCUAGGCGACAUCAAGGUCGGUGCUGGAAUGGAUGAGGUAAUUUUUCCCAAUUGCAUUGUACUUCCAGAUGAGAAUAAAAAACUCAUUAAUUAUCCAAGAUUUGAAGUUUAGCUUAUUUCUUACCAAGAAUUAUAUUUAGCUGGUGAAUUCAAUGUAAAAGAAUAUUACCUUUUGUGUCAAUAAAGCAAAAAAUACAUUCCUAACAAUUUUGAAAGCAGAAGAAAUCAAAUUUGUUAUAUGAAAUUCUUGUUUUUUUUUUGUUGGUCAAAGCGGGAGGAUAUUUUGAAAGAUCUUAUAGUUUUUGGCUAUUGUCUUCGUUCGUGUAACACCACCUAUGUGAGCUUUGCAACAUGUAAUCAGUCCCAAAACCAGAUAAAUGAUAUGGUUUGCAGUAGAUUGACGGCCAACAUGAAAAUAUUCUUAAUAUGUUGAACCCUCUAAAUACUAUAUUCCUAGGAACAUAACAACCUAGACAUGCACUACAUUAGUACCUAUAUGUAGUGUUAAAUAAGCAACGGGUUCCAUCACAUUGACACAUGGGAGCGAAGGAGUAUGAGCAAUGGUUCAGACACCAGGUGUGGGUAAAAUAGUCCCACCUCAUUUAUGCCAAGAUUUGGUGCAAUGGUACCACACCUUUCGGAACACAUGGAGUACCUAAAUUAGUGACGCAGAGAAUCAUAUCUUGGCUAUAGACUUUUCUAGCUUAUGUGAGCGGGGUUUUGGAUUAAUCUGGAAUUGUAUAAUUAAUUAGAGAAUAAUUACUUUGUCUCGAAGCUAGUUUUCUAGAUUAUGUAUUGUUCAGAGAAGAGUGUUCAUAGGAUUCACGCAAUUUGACUAGGCAUAGUUACCUUUUUUUUUGUGGAUAACUGUUAGGACCCGAUUCUUUGUCAAUUGGACGUGGCGCGGCUAUGGCAAGGAUUGGGGCGUGAUGGCCUUGCCGUUGGCCUAUGCGGGAGCAAAACGAUCAUGCGGGACAAUGGACGAGAAACAUUGUCAUGAGAACAAGUAUUGGCCAAGGUCUUGAGACAGGCAAGACGGGCUUGGCAAAGGCUUGAUGAGGCAGUGCGGGCAAGUUUGGGCGGCAUGAAGCGGCAUGCGCGCCAAAGACAAAGGUACGGGCAGUUCAAGUUGUGGGAGCGCCAAGUACAAGCUAAGCUAAAUUGCGGAGGCACGGAAUGAUGGCAAAGGGUUUCAAUAGCCAAGGCAAAGCUAUGUGAGACAAAAUACAAACAAUGGCAUGGAUGAAACAAGUGUUGACAAAGACAAGGCAGAAAUGCGGCUAAGGCAAUGUGCGACCGACAAGCGUCGGGCGUGUGCGGUAAAAUCAUGGACAGCAGGUUGCGGACGAGACAUUGGCGCGGAGCAAUGUCAGAAUCAGCCAAGGCUGGGCGCAAUGCCAGACUUGGGGCGUGCAAUAGCUGACCAAGAAAAAGGGCACAUGUAGUGCACAUGCCAAAGCAGUGGGCCGUUGUAUUUUUGUAAUGACUUGUAUCCAUGUCUGUUUAGUGCUUUUAGCUAAUGUCAUUUCGUGUAAGAUAAUGGCCUAUGUAGUUGGGGGAUGUCAACUACAAGAUAAGAUCAGAUUUAGUAAUGCUGUGUGUAAAGGCUUGGUUCAGUGGGAGGUGGGACCAGUGCUCCACCAGUGGGCUAAGUGCUCCACCAGAAGAGCUGAGUGUUCCACCGUGAAGGCUGAGUGCUCCACAAACAGAAAUAAGUGCUGAAGAGGGCCAUUUCGUGGGUAAGUGCCCCAUUAAAUGAUUAAGUGCUUAUUAGUGCUUUGACUGGUCAAAGCACAAUGACGGAAUUGCCCCUUUGUAUGUUGUCCCUUCAAAUCUGCCAGUGGAAGCCCCUAUAUCUAUAUAUAUGGGGGCAUUUCGUGAAGUAAAUGCAUCAAGACUAAGAGAGUCUUGCAUCAAGCAUCAAGACUGAGAGAGUCUUGCAUCAAGGAUCAAGACUGUGAGAGUCUUAGAUCAAGACGAAAAUCAAGACUGUAAGAGUUUUGAGCAGAAGGAGAGGGUCUUCAAAUGAAGAAGAGGGUCUCCGAGACGAAGACGAAGUGGUACUAAGGCUGGGCAUGGGCAGGUCUUAGUGUGUCAAGA